UUGCAUUUUGCAAGGCAGCCCUGGCGCUGAGUGGAGCCUGCUGUGCACCUCCCGCGGGCAUUGCAGCUGGGAAGGCUGGGAUCCUGCUCAGGGGAGAAACUUGGCCUUUUUGCAAGCUGUGCCUUCUCUGGCUUGGUUUCUUUUGCAACCUCCCACCUUCCUCGCCUCCCACAUGGCUGAAGACGACAAGCCCCUGGCUCCUGUGACCUGCACAGCCCCUGUCAACAUCGCGGUAAUCAAAUACUGGGGAAAACGUGAUGAAGACCUGAUCUUGCCUAUCAAUUCUUCCCUCAGCGUCACGCUGCACCAAGACCAGCUGAGAACCACCACCACGGCAGUCAUCAGCCGGGACUUCACAGAGGACCGCCUCUGGCUAAACGGCAAGGAAGCUGACGUCGGACACCCGCGUCUCCAGUCCUGCCUACGGGAGAUGCGCCGGCUGGCUAGGAAGCGCCGUGGUGGUGGCGACAGCAAUGGCGACAACAGUGGUGACCCCGGUCCCCUCAGCCUGGCCUACAAGGUCCACAUUGCCUCGGAGAACAACUUCCCCACGGCAGCUGGGUUGGCCUCUUCUGCGGCCGGCUACGCCUGCCUGGUCUACACCCUGGCCAGGCUGUACGGCGUGGAAGGGGAGCUCUCGGAAGUGGCGCGCCAGGGCUCCGGCAGUGCCUGCCGAAGUAUGUUCGGGGGCUUUGUGCAGUGGAUCAUGGGGGAGAACGCCGACGGCAAGGACAGUGUCGCCCAGCAGGUGGCGCCGGAGACACACUGGCCCCAGUUGAGGGUCUUGAUCCUGGUGGUGAGCGCCGAGAAGAAACUGGUGGGCAGCACAGCUGGGAUGCAGACCAGCGUGCAGACCAGCCUCCUGCUGAAGCACCGGGCCAAGGCUGUGGUUCCGGAGCGCAUGGCCCAGAUGAUCGAGCACAUUCAACAGCAGGACUUUGAGGCCUUUGGCAAGCUCACCAUGAAGGAGAGCAACCAGUUCCAUGCCACCUGCCUGGACACUUUCCCGCCUAUCUUCUACCUCAACGAUGUCUCCAAGCAAGUUGUAGCCUUGGUGCACCGCUUCAAUGGCCACCACGGCAAAACCAAGGUGGCCUAUACUUUUGACGCGGGCCCCAACGCGGUGCUCUUCAUGCUGGAAGACACGGUGGAUGAGUUUGUGGAAGUGGUGAAGCGCAGCUUUCCGCCAGAGAAGAACAGCGACCAGUUCCUGACAGGUUUGCCGGUGGAGGCGGCGGCACCAUCAGAAGAGCUGCUCUCCGCGGUGCUGACGGAUCCCGUGCCAGGAGCGAUCCAGUACCUGCUCCUCACCAAGCCUGGGCCAGGGCCUGUGCUAGUGGAAGACGCCAGCUGCCAUCUCCUGGGAGCGGACGGGUUGCCCCGAAGCAACCGCUGAGCGGAGAGCGUCCCGUCUCUGGGGCUGCCCCUGACAUCCCGCAGCUGCGUCCGGGGGCAGCUUGGAACAUCCGAGCAGGAAGCAAUGCCCCCAAAUGGGGGACUCUUGUGAAUAGGAGGAUCAGGGAGCAGCUGUGCCGGUGGAUUAUGGAAACACUGGAUAUCUGGCAGUUUUAUGCAAAGGCUGUUUUUUCUCUUCCCUUUCUUUCUCGGGUGGUGGGCGCGUCUGUCUGAUGGUCAGGGACUCCUAUGGGGCGAAACCUUCACAGGAAGCCGACACAAGCGUCCUCACCCACUGUGCCUUUUCCUCUGACCUCCCGAGAGCUGGAAUCUCCGCCUUUUAGUCACAGGGGGUCAACCACUCGUCAAUUUUUUAUCGGACUGCGUAGUGGUUGCUAGGAUUGUUUCUGGGAUUGUUGGAAAGGGUAGUGGAUUCCAGGGUAGCAGAAUCCGUCUUGGGUGGGCCUCCAAAUUGCCACCCACUAGGCCCUCUGUGGGCACGUGGCAUCAGUGGGCGUGGCCCACUGAUACCGUUGCCACCCCUGUCAUGACCACCCCUUUGCUGUCCCCAUCAGGAGUGGCAAGACAAGAAGGAAGGCGCCACUCAUCUUGGUGUUGGGUGCAAGGCGGGUGAACAUCCCAAACGAACACAAAAAGAGCGAAUAGUUCCAGGAUGCUAUAAGCGAAUUUAUUGGAGAAAAGCCCGAUGCAUUUUGGCCUCUUGCUUUAUAUUCGGGCCUUCUCUUCGGGGCGUUGUACCAAUGUCUGCAGGAAUGUUUUACAACAGAUCGUCUUGCUUAUAAAUCCAGCCGCCCAGUGUUUACAGCAAGGCAAUCUGUUGUAAAACAUCUCUGCAGAAGUUGGUACAACUCCUUGAAGAAGAAAAGGAAAUGUUAUCAAAAGCAAAGGGUUGAAAUGCGUCGGGCUUUUCUCCAAUAAAUUUGUUCGUAGCAUUCUGAGGCUGUGCUCUCUCCUUUUGUGGUCUUCUGCCCUCUGGACCAUUCCUCUGUCCCACCCAUCCCCAGUGUUACCUCUGGUUGGAGAAGAGACACCCAGGGAGGCUCUGUGGGCCCCGUGGGCCAAAUUAGGUUGGUAGGCCGGGGGUUCUGCACACCUGCUGCAGACCUUGUUCUGAGCCAGCAAGGCGCUCCCAAUCUCAAGAACGCGCACCCACAAGAUCGCUCAGCAGGAAUGAGCCUUGCUUUAACAGUUAAGCGAUCCUAAGGACGUUCUCUUGUCUUGGGAACGUCAUGCACGGCUGUGGGGCGACGCAGCAAAAACCAGACGUAGCUCCUUCUACGCUAGCUAGUGUUGCUUCAGGCUGCCCCUGCUAACUUGCUUGAGAAAAGUUGGGGACUUCUUUUUAAAAUGCAGUUGGUGAAGUUUUAAGGGUUACCUGGUAUUCAGCAAGGCAGGAGCCUAAAUUAUGUUUCCACCCCCUUCACCCCAGUCUCUUUAAAAAAAACCUCUUAAGUUCUCUUUUCUACCCUGUUGAGCAGUUUCAUGUUCCAGUCUUUUGCAUGGGUUUCCAUUUCGGGUUUUUCCUCUUGAUGUUUCGGUGUCAUUGCUCUGGUUUCACUUUUACUGGAUGGUUUAAAAAAAAAUCAACAGAAUCUUC